CUCUCUCUCUGUUCGUCUCUCAGCUCGGACAUAUGCAGAUGCUCCAGCUGACAGCAGCGGGACGCUUUGUCAUAUCUGGAUGUUUGGACACCCAGCAAAGUAAAGUCACCAGGUUUCUCCAGAGAAGCCCCUGAAGAUUCCCGUCACACCCGGACCCUAACCCCGCAGAAGCCUCUCAACUGACUGUGAAGAGCAAACCGUGGAUGUGAGUGCGCGCUGAUGCCGAGCGGGAGGAGGGGAAGGAGGGGGAGAGAGCCGUUUGGAUAGGGGCGAGCAGGGACGCGGAGCGGCGAGCUCUGCACGGACUUUUACACUUUUGUCCUCCCCUAUUCGAGACAAGCGUGCAGCUCACACGGCAGGCCGGUGCGUGCAGAGAAGUGUCAUGCAAACGGGACUGAAGUCGUAGAUGAGCUGCGGCUCCGACGCGCACACAGCAGCUCCGGCAGGUUCAGCGCGGUGGUCUGGUAAGGACUGAAACAAACAUGAAAUCCAGGAGUCAGGACCAGAGUUUGUCCGACUCCAGAGAGCUGGACAGAUCUUACGACCCCCUUACAGGUAACCCACAAUCCAAACCCAAUAAAAAGACCAUAAAGCAGCGGUUCCUCAAACUGCUCCCCUGCUGUCGCUCUGGCUCCAGCUCUUCAGUUAAUCAAAGAAGUAUAGCUGAUGAGGCUGAAGUGUCGACAGUGUGUUACAGACCGGACGGGCUCGACCGCCUCAUCCAGCAGACCAACUUCAGCAAGAAGGAGCUGCAGGUCCUCUACCGGGGAUUCAAGAACGAGUGUCCCAGUGGUGUGGUGAAUGAAGAGACUUUUAAAAGCAUCUACUCCCAGUUCUUUCCUCAGGGAGAUUCAAGUAUGUAUGCACAUUUCCUGUUUGAAGCGUUUGACACCCACAAUAAUGGAGCCGUCAACUUUGAGGACUUUGUUAUAAGUCUCUCCAUCAUCUUGAGAGGCUCCAUCAAUGAUAAACUCCACUGGGCCUUUAAUCUGUACGAUCUCAACAAAGACGGCUGCAUCACCAGAGAGGAGAUGACAGAUAUCAUGCACUCCAUCUAUGACAUGAUGGGGAAGUACACCCACCCCAGCAUGAAGGAUAAUGCUCCCAAGGAGCAUGUCGACAACUUCUUCCAGAAAAUGGACAAGAACAACGACGGAGUGGUCACCAUCGAGGAGUUCUUGGAGACAUGCCAAAAGGAUGAAAAUAUCAUGCAGUCCAUGCACAUGUUUGACAAUGUGAUCUAAGGCUCGGUGGACACAGAGAUUUUCCCUCCUGUCUGGAGCUCAUCCAUUGUUCUUCAGACCCCAACCAGAGUGGACCGUGUUUCUGGGCAGGUUUUAUUAACGUUUUGCAGUUUUGUGUGUGAGUGUAUAGGUCCAAAAAUUCCUAUACUACAGGAAGUCAUCAAAAAGUGGAUUCUGGGGUUUGAAGAGCAUCAUGAUAGAUUGAGCUGUGCAGGCCGAUUUGAACAAGCAUAUUUAUUGCUUAAUUAAUUAACAGAUGGCCCAGAAAUCAACAGGAAACUGCCAUGGCCUGUUCACUUGUACAAAUGAUGACUAUAAACUUAGCAUCUUUUCUUUCUUGCAUGAAUGAAUGUGCAGACACAUGGGUGAAAUUCAGUAAUGCUUAAAACGUUGCAGAGUAUCACACACUGUCUAUACUCAAAGUUAUAUUACAACGAAGGACGGCUCUAAUAAAGGGAUUAAGUUUUAAAUCAAGCAAUAAUCUUAAAGUUACAUGUUAUUAAACCUUGUCUGUUCUCCACUCACAUUUAUUGUAAUACUGUAUAUUGUAUCUGCAUGAUGUGUCUAUUUUGACUGGCCAUUGAAAUGUAUAAUUAAAGUGUUAAUAUAUUUUCUAUAUGGACAUGGUAACAAUCAUGAUGAAAUUGAAUAAAACCACACAAAUCCUAUGCUAUGCAAAAGCACUUACUUACUUGAUUAUUGACCAGCAGGAAUAUUAAAUGCCGCUGAUG